UUUCAGCUGCAAAAAGGUCAUUAGGAGCUUCAGACGUAUAGUUGGGUUUGCCUGAUGCCAGCAGAUUGACAAUGACGCCCCAGGUUACAAUAAUUGAACUGGGAGAAUAGCAGCCAAGUUAUGUCUUUAAACUACAUUAAGAACUUUUACGAAGGAUGUGUAAGUAUGGUGAUACCAAGAAUAUAUCAAAUAUUGGACGAUGGUCGUGGUCACUUUGAGCCCACUCAGGCCUCCGACAGUGAUAGGCCAGUUCCACACACUUUUCUUUGGCUCUGUUCGGAUGUUCUUUCUGGGCGUCCUGGGCUUUGCAGUCUAUGGCAAUGAAGCUCUCCAUUUUAGCUGUGAUCCAGACAGGAGGGAGUUAAACCUCUACUGUUACAACCAAUUUAGGCCGAUAACACCUCAGGUAUUCUGGGCAUUGCAGCUGGUAACUGUUUUAGUCCCUGGAGCUGUAUUUCAUCUCUAUGCUGCCUGUAAAAACAUUGACCAGGAGGAAAUCCUUCAGAGACCUAUAUACACCGUCUUCUACAUCAUCUCUGUCCUGCUAAGAAUUAUUCUGGAAGUCAUCGCUUUUUGGCUACAGAGCCAUCUCUUUGGUUUCCAGGUUCACCCACUCUACAUGUGUGAUGCCAGUGCCCUAGAAAAUACGUUCAAUGUCACAAAAUGCAUGGUGCCAGAACACUUUGAAAAGACCAUAUUUUUAAGUGCAAUGUACACUUUCACUGGGAUCACGGUGCUGCUGUGUGUUGCUGAGAUAUUUGAGAUACUCUGUAGGAGAUUGGGUUAUUUGACCAAUCAAUGACCUGUGUGUUAUUUGCUACAGAGUAAUUGAUCACAUUUCACAUUUCUGUGUGUCUAUCCAGGUCUCACAUGGACACCAAUGCCGAAAACGACAUACCUCUGCUUUUUUUUGUUGGGAGUUGACACUCAGACACUUCUUUCCAUAAUCCCAUUGUUUAAGUCAAGUCACACAGAUUUAAACCUUAUUUUGUCAAUAGACUAAUGAUAUUGUUGUGACAUAUGCAGCUUUCAAUCAUUGGCCCACGUAAGAAAGAAAGGUGUUACCAGUAAUUCUAAUAUUUUCCAUAUUUGUACCCAGUGAAAAGUUUUAUAGCAUUCUUGUAGUCUUUUUAGGGGCCUAUAGAAAAACCU